AUGGAAAGAAACCCAAAAGAGUCGAUAAAGUCCACCUGGCGACAGAAAGACCGCUCCGAGUGGACUAUUUUCCACUGGGUUUACGACAUCUUUGACAUUCACCCGGUUCAACUUGACAAGGCCGUGCCGGUGCAUCCAAAGACAGACAAGGUGCCGUAUCUAAACGACUGGUAUCAGCAUCGUUGGAUUCUCACCCACGCCUUUAUUCCCAUCGCCCUGCACCACCUAUACGUCGUAUAUACCGGCCACAACCUUACCGCCUGGCAGGCAGGGCUUUUAUACAGCGCCGCCUUCAACCUCAACGCUAUCCGUGAACUUCAUCUAUUACGCGCACUAGGACACAGGGUCGGUUUCCUUGACGGCGAUGUACACGAGCGCGAUGGCGUACCGGACGCCAGCGUCAGCAAAGUCCUCUACUCCCUCGUCCUAACAUCACUCGUCAGACCAGCCUUUACCGUCUACAUCAGCUACAACACUCGCAACCCACCGACGUCCAUGGCCUUCCUCUGGCUUCCGUUUGAGGUGGGAUGCUACGGAAUUCUUCUCGACUUCUUCUUCUACUGGUACCACCGGCUUAUGCACGACGUUGAAGGGCUCUGGAAGUUUCAUCGCACGCACCACCUGACCAAGCACCCUAACCCGCUAUUAACGUUGUACGCCGAUACUGAGCAAGAGAUAUUUGACAUUGCUGGAAUUCCUCUAAUCACCUAUUUUGCUAUGAGGACGCUAGGCUUUCCGAUGGGCUUUUACGAAUGGUGGAUUUGCCACCAGUACGUCGUUUUCGCCGAGUUGGCAGGGCAUAGUGGUGUCCGAAUGGUAGCCACGCCGCCGAAUAUAUUCAACUGGUUCCUGCGGGUGCUAAAUGCAGAGCUCAUACUUGAAGAUCAUGAUUUACAUCAUCGCAAGGGCUGGAAGCGCAGCGGUAAUUAUGGGAAGCAAACGCGCCUUUGGGAUCGGGCCUUUGGUACCUGUCGUGAUCGGGUUGAAUGCCACGAGAAGAAUAUCAACUAUGACAACCAACUUGAUUUUCCGAUUCUAUGA